CCAAUCUCUUCUCUUCACUUGUUCACAGCAAAUUGGAUUGAUCACCAUCCCUGCCAGAUGGCUUGCUACGACCUGUGCUCCACUGCUGUUGGUGGCAUCACCCGUCCCCAGCCCCUUGCUGACAGCGGGAAUGAGCCGUGUGUCCGUCAGUGCCCCGACUCCACGACUGUGAUCCAGCCGCCCCCAGUCGUCGUCACCUUCCCCGGCCCCAUCCUCAGCUCCUUCCCUCAGGAAUCUGUUGUGGGAUCCUCUGGAGCACCCGUCCUUGGGGGCUAUGGGGGUUACGGCUCCCUGGGCUAUAGGGGCUCCGGCUCCCUUGGCUACGGGGGCUUGUAUGGCUAUGGGGGCUAUGGCUCCCUGGGCUUUGGGGGUCUGUAUGGAUAUGGGGGUUCCUCUCUGGGUUACAGGGGUCUGUAUGGCUAUGGUAGAUCCUAUGGUUCUGGCUCUUGCAGCCCAUACUUCUACAGGUACAGCCAUGGCAACUGUGGGCCCUGCUAAAUCCCACAGAAAUAUCCCUUGACCAAAGAAUGACUGGCAAAUGAACGAUACAAUCUUGAUCCUCAUCUGAGCUUCUGAGUAAGGGGCAGAUCGUCCAAGACUUCCACUUAAUACAGUGGAGUCAGAACAGCUCCAUAAAUUACACUUCUCAUUUCCUUCUUCAUUUGUUUCAUCUCCUCUUUCUUGCCUCUGUCAGUGGCCAAAUGUAUAACUCCACCAUCAUCCCAGAAAACACAUGCUUCUCUCUGAAACCACCACUGCCUGGGAGAAGCCUGACGGAACAGCUCUCUUGAAGCGCGCAGGCACAAUAUGCCUGCCCCUGCCUUAGGUGUCUUCCUCAAGCGGGAGUUUUUCUGCUCUUGCAAUAAAAAAAAUCUUGCAUCCCA